CUAGAGAGGUUCCCACACACCAGAAGAGAGAGAGAGAGAGAGAUGGGGAGAGAUGAAAUAGAAGAUGACAACGGAGGAGGACGAGAGGGAACAAAGCUCGUGGCAGAUGAAACGGUCCCGUCCUUGUUGUUGGACGGGACAGGGUUGGUUUGUGUUACGGGAGGUACUGGUUUCGUUGCUUCUUGGCUCAUCAUGCGUCUCCUCCAACGUGGCUACUCCGUUCGAGCCACUGUUCGAACCAAUCCAGAAGGGAGUAAGAAAGAUACAAGCUACCUAACCGAACUACCAUUUGCAUCGGAGAGGCUUCAAAUAUUCACCGCUGACCUCAACGAACCGGAGAGCUUUAAACCGGCGAUCGAAGGAUGCAAAGCCGUAUUCCAUGUGGCUCAUCCUAUGGACCCGAGCAGCAACGAAACCGAAGAGACCGUUACGAAACGCACCGUUCAAGGUCUCAUGGGGAUACUCAAGUCGUGUUUGGACGCUAAAACCGUGAAACGGUUCUUCUACACGUCAAGCGCCGUAACCGUUUUCUACAGCGGUGGCAACGGAGAUGGAGGAGGAGAAGUGGACGAGAGCGUUUGGAGCGACGCGGAGGUGUUUAGGAAUCAGAAAGAGAAGAGAGUGAGCAGCUCUUACGUUGUGUCGAAAUUGGCGGCGGAGACGGCGGCGCUUGAGUUCGGCAAUAAGAAUGGAUUGGAGGUUGUGACUCUCGUUAUCCCUCUUGUCGUCGGACCUUUUAUAUCUCCGUCGUUGCCUUCCUCCGUCUUCAUCUCUCUCGCCAUGCUC